UAGGCAUGUAGCAGCAGCUGUGUCGCGGUUUCAUUGACAGCACGGCUCGCAGUCAUCACGUACGUACACUAAUAAAUGACCGUAAUCGACAGAUCUAUCUGACAGCGACACCACGUCUCAGCAGCUGAAGCUGCGUACCAAGCGGGGGACGUCUCCUACGACUUGGGCGGCCCAACGAAGCUCCGGUGAGUGAAAUAAUGCUGCGCGCGCACGAGCACGACACGAGCUUUCUUCCAUCAAGACAUGGCGACGCCGGAGCUUUGGUGGUACUGGUGGCUAUGGGUGACGACGAUGCUGGCCGUCGUCGUCUCGACCGUCGUCUGCUACCUGACCAACCAGCACCGCCGCUGGGGGGGCUGGGGCUCCUCCUCAGGGCGUCGUCGGCCGCCGGGCCCGCGUCCUCUCCCGCUCAUCGGCAACCUGCUGGACCUGCGGCGCGCGCCCGGCAGCCUCCACCACACGCUGGCGCGCCUGGCCCGCGCGCACGGCGCCCCCGUCAUGCGCCUCGACCUGGGCCUGGUCCCGGCCGUGGUCGUCUCCUCCCGCGACGCCGCACGGGAGGCGUUCGCGGCGCACGACCGCCGCAUCGCGGCGCGCCCCGUCCCGGACAGCAAGCGCGCGCUCGGCUUCUGCGACCGCUCCAUGCUCUCGCUGCCCAGCUCGGCCCCGCUCUGGCGGACCCUGCGCGGCGUCAUGGCCGCGCACGUCCUGUCGCCGCGCAGCCUCGCGGCGUCGCGCGCCGCGCGGGAGCGCAAGGUCGCCGACCUGAUCGGGUACCUCCGCGCGCGGGCCGGGACCGUGGUGGAUCUUAAAGAGGCCGUCUAUGGCGGCGUCGCCAACCUCGUCUCGACUGCCAUGUUCUCCAUCGACGUCGUCGACGUGGGCGCCGCCGAGUCGUCGUCGGCGGCCCACGGGUUGCAGGAGCUCCUGGAGGAGCUCAUGCAGUGCAUGGCCCAGCCUAACGUCUCCGACUUCUUCCCGUUCCUCAGCGCGCUCGACCUCCAGGGGUGUCGUCGCCGGGUGGCCGUGCAACUGGGCCAGGUCCUACAGGUCUUGGACGACAUCACUGACCGCCGUUUGGCCUCCUCCUCCUCCUCCUCCACGUCUAGCAAGGGCGGGGACAGGCGCGGCGACUUCCUCGACAUCCUCCUAGACCUCCAGUCCACGGGCAAGAUCACGCGCGACAACGUGACGCUGACGCUCUUCGACAUCUUCGCGGCAGGGAGCGACACCAUGGCGCUGACCGUGGUGUGGGCGAUGGCCGAGCUGCUCCGCAACCCGGGCGUGAUGGCCAGGCUGCGCGCGGAGGUCAGGGACGCGCUGGGCGGCAGGGACGCCGUCGAGGAGGCCGACGCGGCGGGCCUGCCGUUCCUGCAGGCCGUCGUGAGGGAGGCCAUGCGGCUGCACCCGGCGGCGCCCGUGCUGCUGCCGCACAAGGCCGUGGAGGACGGGGUACAGAUAGGCGGCUACGCGGUGCCCAGGGGUUGCACCGUGAUCUUCAACUCGUGGGCGAUCAUGCGCGACCCGGCGGCGUGGGAGAGGCCCGACGAGUUCCUGCCGGAGCGGUUCCUGGCCAGGGACCUGGACUUCCGCGGGAAGCAGCUGGAGUUCGUCCCGUUCGGCUCCGGCCGUAGGCUGUGCCCAGGCCCAGGCGUGCCCAUGGCGGAGCGGGUGGUGCCGCUGGUUCUAGCGUCGCUGGUGCACGCGUUCCAGUGGCAGCUGCCGGCCGGCAUGUCGGCGGACCAGGUCGACGUCAGCGACAAGUUCACCACCACCAGUGUUUUAGCCUUCCCUCCUAUCAAAGCUGUGCCUCUGCUCUGAUCACCACCUAGCAACCCAGCUUGAGUGUCCAGUCGAUUUUGGCCAGCAAAAUCGGAAAAGAAAUCCCUGCAGCCGGCUGCACACAAGCACCACGCAGGCUUCGUUCGUGACACGUAUCCACGCCCAACAAUUUUAAAGCAAUAUAACAUCAAUCUUAAAGCAUGAAUCAAUGUGGUUGGUUGUUCUUUUA